CAUCCUGCCCCGCGGUGACACAUACACCAACAUGGCGGCCACCGGCUGGUUUGCGGACGCCUUUCUCCUCAUUUUCCUCGUUUUUCUCGGCUGUACUUCUUCCCAGACACCCCACAAAAGGUUCGAGUACAAGCUGAGCUUCAAAGGACCACAUCUGGUGCAAAAGAACGGAAAAGUCCCUUUCUGGGACUACUCUGGACAUGCUAUUGCAAGCGAUGAACAAAUUCGUAUUACCCCCUCCCUACGCAGUAAGAGAGGUAAUGUCUGGAGUACGUACAUCAAUGGACACGACCACUGGUCCAUCGAGGUCACCAUCAGGGUCACGGGAAGGGGGCGGAUAGGUGCAGAUGGUCUGGCCAUCUGGUACACAAAGACCCGAGGAGUGGAUGGACCUGUGUACGGCAGCAGUGACAGGUGGAAUGGAGUUGGCGUUUUCUUUGACUCCUUUGACAAUGAUAACCAGCACAAUAACCCGUAUGUGCUGGUAAUGCAGAACGAUGGAACCAAAUCCUACAACCAUGCCAAUGAUGGUUUGACCCAGCAGCUGGGUGGCUGUCUGCGAGACUUCAGGAACAAGCCCUACCCCGUCCGCGCUAAACUUGAGUACUACCAGAACAGGCUCACGCUGUGGUAUAACAACGGAAUGACUCCCAACAAGGAUGAGUUUGAGUUGUGCAUGCAGGCCCACGAGAUUCACCUCGAGAAGGGAGGCUUCUUUGGGGUUUCAGCAGCCACUGGAGGACUAGCAGAUGACCACGAUGUGCUGUCCUUCCUGUUCUACAGCCUGACACCCCCCUCAUCAGAAAUGCCUGGAAGAGAAGGACUGAUCACGGAUGAGGAGAGGGAGAGAUUCACGGGGGAGUUUGAUCAGUACCAGCAGAAAUUCGAGAAACAGAGAGAAGAGUACGUUAAGGAACACCCUGAUGCACAAGUGGAGGCAGAAUUUGAUGCUGUGUUUGAGCGUGAGGAGGAAAGGGAACUAAGGCUGAUUUUUGAGGGACAGGAGAAAAUCCACAAGACAGUGAGGGACCUGCAGAGAAAGCUGGAUGAGAUUGUUGGUCGGCAGGAGCGGACACUGUCCCUGGUGAGUACGGUACAGCAGACCAUGCCGGCGGCGGGCGGCGUCCAGGCCGUGCCAGCGGGAGGAGGGGCCCAGCCACCGCCACAGAUGCCCAUCCAGAGGCACGAGGUGGACGCUGUACUGACCGCACAGAGGGAGCUCACACAGGGGCUCAGGGAUCUCAGAUCCAAAGUUGACACGAUCCACAACCGAGCGGCGACAAUUGAGACCAACCAGCAGCGACAGAUGCAGAACCAAGGUCAGGGUCAGGGUCAAGGUCAGGGUCUGGAUCCCGGGAUUCUGCCUGAGCUGAGGGACAACCUGCAUCACGUCAAGAGGGAUGUCAGCUCACUCCUCAUACAGAGACCUGGUUCCCAGCAGCUAUCCUGUCCCCCCGUUCCUGAGUACCCACAAUGCAUCACACCAAUGUACUUCCUGGUUCUAAUAGUGGUGCAGUCGGCCAUGUUUGUUCUCUACUUAACCUACAAAAGCAGGCAAGAAGCAGCCAGCAAGAAGUUCUAUUAACGAAGAACACAUCGUAGCAAAGGUAGCCAUGAGCAAACUGUACAUGGAGAUAUUUAUACAAAUAUGUCAUGAUUGGGUUUCUGUGCUGUACAUGUAAUAUCAUAUCCUACAGACUUGUGAUUGUGUUUUUAAACGUAUUGUACAGUUUCCUGUCCUGUUUCUUGCCCUUCUGAAAUCAAUGUUAAAUGUGUCAAAUGAUAUUCAAAAAUGUGUUUUUUCAAAUGGGGAUAUAGUAAAAAUGUCAAUGCACAUGUAUCCCAGGUAUCCUAAAUUACGAAAAGAAAUACCAAAAGAAUCAGUGAAGUUUGUGAUCAAGUAAAAGGUGCAAGUUCUUGCAGUUCAGUUCCUAGCUGCUAGGUGUCAGCCUGCACAGAUGAAACAAAAAACGAUUUGCAGCUAACAGCAUGUAACAAAGCUCCGUGGAAAGCUGACUACUCUCGUAUUGUAGAGAAUUGCUUUGUAUUCCUGUGCAUUGAUAUGUGAAUGCCUUAAUUUGAUGAUAUUUGAUUGAGGAAAUAAUUUUUGUCAAAGUGCCAUGGAUGGAGUAAAUCUUCCAAGUAUAUGCAUCUGUAGAAAUUUAGUGUUCAGUAUGUUAAAAAGCAUCCAAUUCAAUUUUGCAACUUACUACAUGUACAAUAAAAAUAUGACCAGAAACUUAAUCAUAACUUUGAAAAUCCACUUUUAUUGCCCUGAAAUUGCAUUGGAUCCAAAAUAAUGGCAUGUGAAUUUUUUUUAGAAAUGAUUUUCUCAUGGACUUAUGUGAAAAUGUGGCAGUAUCAAAUGGUUCUGUGAAAUGCAGAUCAAAAUACAAAUUUUGUUGUUACUGUAAGAACACUGUACACUGCUUUGUUGUUAAUGCACAAUUCUCGGUGAAAUGGUAAUUUAAAAACAUACAUGCCAAUUGUGAAAUUAAAAUGUUACUUGUAGAUGUCCAGAUAUUGGAGAUGAUGAUGAUGUAGAUUGAGAUGUCCUAAACUAGGAGAUACAUGUUUUGGUUAUCAUGCCAGCAAAGGGUCAACCUAUACUACUGAAAUUACAAGAAGGUUGGAAGAAAGCUUUAUUUAAGCUGUAGCUGCCAUAGAUUCGACAAAAAUCAUGCCAGCCCUGAAGAAUCUGCCAUAUUGCAUCAAAAGGGUUGAAAAUGUAGUAAAAAAAAAGUGUCAACGUUCUGUGCAAUUGCAUGUCAAAUAGCCUGCGCAAAUGUCUUCUCUACAAAGUCUAUUGUAGGUGAUCAACUUACAAAUGUAUCUGCAACAUAACAUGGCAAUAAUAUUGCUUUGGCCCAAUCGCUCCUAGCCUGGGUGCUAUCCGAUUUGUAACAGGCUCCUUGCACUUGUUGGCCU